CCAACAUUGGAUGGAAGAAUGGGAGUGAUCAGGAUGCAUUGCAUUCUGCCCUGUCCUAGAUGACACCAAUAACGCCUUUUCGCCCUCCCGCAUCGCGCUCCAACGCCGGUCCUCAAUUCGCAUCGACACCCCGUUUUGUCUUUUCGCAGCCGCAGAGCAGUUCGACUCAGAGUCGGAGUAAUGAUAAGGAAUUGGUGGAUGAUAUUUCGAAUGAUUCGCCGUCGACGGUUCGAUAUGCUGAUAGAGAUACCGCGCGGGGAGGUGUGAUCGAGGAUGUGGAGGAUGUAUAUGAACACGAUAUUGGUGACAGCCGGCUGGAUACCGAAGAAGAGCAUGCCAAUACGCCUGCUUCUGCAGAAAUAGACUCCGAGUUUGAAGAUUUAUUCGGACCCCCGGAGCGCACGAAGAAGAGGCGGAUUUCGCUCGCGCCAGAGACAGAGACACCGUCGCGGGAUCAUGGAAGGAUACGGAAUGAUGCUAUGUUGACUCCUUCGCCUGGUCAAUACUUGCAAUCGUCGUGGAACGAGCAGCCGCCGGUUACACCUUUUUGGCGCCGUCCUAGGCCCACGCAGCAACCUCAACAGGAUGAAGCUGUACCAGCAGGAACACCCAAACCAUCAACACCAGCUACAGCGAAACCUCUUUUCCGUCACCAUCCUCGCUUCUUGCUCUCCCAAAGACCACCGUCGAGCAGUCAAACAACACCUGCUCCCGCACCGGUGUUCACAUCGCAACCCCCAUCUUCCACUCCACGACGCAAACCGGCCUUCAUACUACCACGCUCGCCGUCGCCCUCGGCUACUCAUGCAGACACCGCGUCUCUACAGACACCGUUUUCCCCGUCCUCGCGUAAAUUUCAGAGACGAGGUCGUGCUAGGCAUGAUGUUCCGGGGUAUGUACCCGGUGGCAUGGCGGCUGAAGUUCGGGGUUGGGUGUUAGAGAUGGGAACGAAAAGGGAGCAGUUGGAUAGUUCUAUGAUAAAGGUUGAUGCACAUAAGGUGGAUUUGAGGAAGUAUUUUGUGACUGCGAGGAUUAGCAACGUAGUGAGGAGUGUUUUGAGGAGUUCGGGGGCGGUGGCUUUUGUUGAAGCUAAACUACUUUCAGGGGGGUCGAUAUCGGUUGAUGAUGGAAGACAGAAUAUCCUUCUUAUGGGUUCCCCUCGUUCUCGGUCUGGAGAUUCUGAGCUCGCGCAGGGCAGUGUGGUCGGUGUUUAUCGAGGUUUGGUUUGGGAAAUUGAGCUGGACAGGGAUGGUAUAGAUGCCUUGUCAAGGAAAGACGAAGUGGAUGCAGGUGAUCUAGAUGACUGCCAGCCUUCAAGUGCAAAUGACCGCGAACGAUGGCUUGUGGUCAUGGAGUGGGAUUUACUCGGUGCACCAGCGUAAAUAUAUUUACCAUCGACAACGCUCAUAAUGCAUAUUCACAAAUAUAUACAAUCCCUAGCCAACAACACCAUCCUUACUAGAAACAACCUUCAAUGCAUCCAAUGCGACCCUACACCCCCACUUCACCUCCUUCAACUCCUUCUCCGGCACAAUAUCCGUCUUCGCAACG